AUUCUUUUUGUUCGUACUUUGUCCUUCAGAAACCAAGGACGCAUGGGGAACAGAGUGGGAGCAACAGAAUCAAACCGACAUUGGCAGAAAUCAAAGUGAAAACAAGUGUCUCUGACGCUAGAAUUCAAGUGAAACCAGCAAACUCUAAAGUCCAAACCCCCCAACACCUUAGGCACGGUCCCUUUCUCUCAACCACUCCAAUCCAUUACCCCAAAUUUGCUUAUAUAUACCCUGCAAUUCUCACAAUCUCUUCAGGCAAAGCUUCGGAAACAUACAUAGUAGUUUUAUCUUCCGUAUAUCUUUUCUUUGACUUGUUUCAUUAUUACCAUUUAGUUUGUCAGAAAUCAUACUUCUCUUACAAUGGCUAAAAAUGUAGCUCAAUCCGCUAGCUUGGCUUCUCUUGACCAAAAGCUGGCCAUGGCAAAGCGCUGCUCUCAUGAGGGCGUUGUUGCUGGAGCUAAGGCAGCCAUUGUUGCUAGCAUUGCCACUGCCAUUCCAACUCUGGCUAGUGUAAGGAUGCUGCCUUGGGCGAGAGCCAAUCUUAAUCACACCGCACAAGCUCUCAUAAUCUCCACAGUGGCUGGAGCUGCUUAUUUUAUAGUAGCGGACAAGACUGUUUUGGCUACGGCACGGAAGAACUCUUUCAAGCAUGUCCCUAACAUGGAGGCAUGAAUUUGAGUUGGUCUGGAUUUAAACUGGGCAUCUACUUUAUAACCACCACUGUUCACUUGGCUAAGAAAGGGAUAGACAGAAGGGAUGGGGAGAGGUGAAUUUGUAUUCUAAGAAGCCAUUUGUUCCAGUGGCUAUGUAAUUCAUCGUCUAUGUAUAAAUAAAGAUGGGUUUUCAUUUACAAGGAUCAGAGCUUUCUGCACAAAG